CUAUUCAAGCUCAAUAAACUCGGCCUUCUAAAGAAAGUUAUUGAUGGUAGGACACCGGAAUACUUAAUCACAACCUUGGACUCACUUCGGUUUGAACACAAGUACUCUACCAGAACAAAAACAUUAUACCGCUUACCGAAACCCAGAACUGAAGCAAUGAGGAGAACAUUCUUUUUUUCCACUAUUAAAGAACUAAAUGCUCUUAACUUAGAACCAACGACCUCCUUUAGCUUAAUGAAGACAACACUGACUUAUAGCGUCUCCUCAAACUAUACGGUGGACAAUUUUAAAGUUAAAAAGUUAUUCUGAUUUUAAUAAAUCCUUGCUUCUUUUUAAAUAUCAUUGUAGAUUAGAUUCCUUUUUUUUACCAAUGUAUUCACUUCCGUUUUUAACAUCUCUCAAUUUUUUAGAUCUUUAGAAUUUUUAAGAACCUUUAUAAUCACUAUUUAUAAAUAGGCUUUUUAUUUUGAUUAAUGGAAUUUUAUUGUUAUCAAUUUUGUUUUUAGAGGGCCACUAGGAAGGGAGAAUACUGGAAUUCUUAAGAUCUUUUAUUAUAAUUACUAUUCGUAACUAGGCUUGUUAUCAUGAUUGUUGUAAUUUAUUAUAUCAAUUUUGUUUUUAGAGGGCCACUAGGGAGAAUACUUCAUAG